AGGGGGUUUUUGGGGAGGGGGAUGAGGUGGUGGGGCAGCGAAGGGAGGGCUCUGACUUACCACUGAAGUGUCAACCGCAAGUUGACCCCCCAAGAAAAACCCCAAAAAAGCGCAAAAAGAUAAUGCCAAAGAGGAAAUCCCCAAAAUUCCCUAAAUAAAAUAAACAAACAAAUGAAGUAAACAUUGAAUGUACGUACGUCGCCGGUGUGGUACGCUCGGAGUGGCGGCCACAAAUGCAAAAAUUUCGAGAAUUUUAAAAAAACCGAUAAAAUGUCAACCACAUCGCCGUCACAACUUGUGAACGGUGAUAACAACAAUACUGAAAUACUCGAUUACAUCGAUUUUACGGACAUUGACGAUAACAAUCCAUCGCACAGUGGUACAACAGUGCAAAUUGACAAUAUUAAUUGUGAUUACACUGAAUCACUCUCGUCAUUGUCAUCGUCAUCGUCGUCAAUAACACAUAUUAAUAAUUGUAAAUUAACGAAUAAAGCGGCUACGGCCGCCUACAACAUGGUAGCGGCGAUGAACGAACACUUGUCGUCCCCGUCGACGACCAGUAAUGCGAGAAAAAAUUUGCACAGCAGUGAUUUUACGAGCUCAUGCCAGGUUAUUGAUAACGAAGACGUUAAACCACCACCAGUUGGUAUACUGACAUUUCCCUGUGAUUUCGAUCACAUGUAUGCAAGUAUGACCGACAGUGGUACUAAGAAUAAUACACAGACUGUUGUAACGGGUAAUACUAUUGGGGUUAGUCCACUGAGGGGUAAUGAAGCGAGAAAUAAUGAUCCUGGGGAGGUGAAGCAUCUCAAGGAGCUGUUGUUACUUCAUUUGGAUCUUAUUCAACAGCAAUCGGAACAGAUUGUUACCAAGGAUAAGUUGCUCAGUGCUCUGAGACAAGAGAAUGAGACGCUCAAGUUGCGAUUGGAGCGUAUGGACAGAAGAGUUAACCUACAGAAGUUGAGGUCAGAGUCGACUGAAAAUUCAGUGGCAUCGGAUAACACAGGCCCUUGUUCACCCCCAAACUUGCAUUCUGUGAGUCUCGUGGCUCCUGAGGCUGUCAGAGGCCAGUCUGAGGACAGUGUGCCACAGUUCAAUGAGAGCUUCAAGAUCAGAUUGAACACGAGCGAUGGAAUAACGACGGUUAAACAGGAGCCCAUUGACAGGGAGUUGAAGGAGGAUAAAGAAAUUAUUGGCACUGAGGUGAGACUCGAUUGGGAGGGGAAGAAGAAGAGGAGGUCCGACCCUUCGGGGCUGAACAGCUCCAGCAAGAGGAAACGGGGGCUCUCUUGCUCGUCGACCAUCAGCAACUCGUCGUCUACUCUGCAGGAGGGCAAGGGGGUCGAAGGGAGGAAGAGUGACAAGAAGGGAAAGGCCAUUGUCAAGAAGGAGAGCUUCCUCACCACUGAGGAGCACUACUACACAGCGGUGGGGGACCCCAAUUUUGGAAUGUGUGUGAAGCCUGCUAAGAGCGAGGAGGAGGAGGAGAGGGACAAUCUCGAGGUCCCCAACUGGAGGGUCAAGGUCUACACCAGCUGUUAUACCAUGGAGGGGACUGAGAAUUUGGACGAUGAAAUCUUUAAUAAACGACAUCAUAAACUGGAGAAUGAUGAGAGGAGGAGGAAACGGUGGGAUGUACAGAGGAUAAGGGAACAAAGGCACAUUGAGAAGCUGAAGCAGAGGCAAGAGAGGCAGAAUCAUCAAGCCACGUGUUACAAUACGAAUCACACUGGCCCCUGUCCCUCAACAGCUGAGGAGGAGACGAUUACCUCUCUGUGGCCUGAAGUCGACCAAAUUCAGAGUCUACAAGUUGAUCCACAAUUACCUGUCUCAGCGUUCGGAGCAUCUAUUCCUAGUUUCACCCCCAGUGAAUUCUCAUUACCCUGGUUACACACCGCCAGAAUGAAGGGAAGAAGACAAAAAAGAUCAUCAGGGAGAAGAAAAUCUAGGAGAUAAGUACUGCAGUAUAAAAAAAUUAAUCUAGGGAUACGCUGUCUUUUAAAUUAAAUCAAAUCCUAAAUUUCCUUUCUUCAUUGAAAACGGAGGUAAUAACUGUAAUCCGUUGAUUUUACUCCCCUCUAGCUGUGCAAGAAGAGCACCAAAGAUAUUUUUUUACACUUCAAUAUUAUUUUUCUUCAGUUUUAGCGAGGAAGAGGAGGAUGAGAGAAGAGAGAAAUGUUGGAAAUAUUUGUCAUUCUUUUUACGCUUUUUUCAACGGUCAUAAUCACAAGAUACUAAUUUUUUAAUAGAUACGCGCUUGGCGCAAUUUUAUAUGAACUUCCUACGAAUAAUUGAAUACGUAGUGUUCUGGCUGAACGCGAUGAAAUUCUUCCUUGAUUCAAUUAUAAAUUUUUCAUAUCCAGUUUUAUUUAAUGAAGGAAAUUAUAAGGAAAUAAAUAGUGUUUUUUUUCACAACUGUAAAGAAAUAUUUGUAGAUCGUUUAAGGGUAUACUGGAAGGAUGAGUAAGUAUGGUGUAAAGAAUUAUUGUCUAGUAGUAGAGUGUGUUGAAACCCUGAGAGUGAGUCUUAGUGUGAAUUUUUAUUACAAUUAUUGUUAGUUAUCAGUUCCAUUGAUUGAUUAAUUUCCGAAUAAAUUUUUAUCGAUUCACAUCACUCCUAUUUUUUACGAGAUGUAAUGAGGGAUUCAGGGGAGGAAUGAUUGGUGAGUUGAUGAAAGAGACCAGAAUUCGAUAAUUCAUAACAAAUUUACUGUUUCUGUUGAGAAUAUCUUCGAGAAGAAUAGGUUUAGCGGAAAAUGUCAAAACUUUUUUGUACGAAAUUUUGCAGAAUAAAAAAAUUGUAAUUUUCUCAUGGAGCCACUGAAUAUCGAGAUAAUUGCAUUAUAAUCAACAAAAAUUUUUACAUUUUUUGAACGUUUGUGUUGAUUGUUUAUUCAUUCUCGAGAGGAGAGAUCUUGAAGAAAAAUUUGAAUGUCUUUUUUAUAGAAAAUUUUGUAGACUACUAAAAAAACAUUUGAUAUUUUCUCAUGAAUUCACUCCUUGUCAAGAUGAUCAGGAAAUAAGGGAGAAUUCCAUAUUUGUAUGGAAAUUUUUUGUUUUUUUAACUCAGAUUUUGUGCUUGAAGUAAUAUUUCCAACGUUUGUUUUUUAUAGAACAUUUUGUGGACUAAAAAGAUUUCAUUUUCUCAUGGAAUCCCGUAUUGUCGAGCUGAUUAGAACAUAACCAGGGAGAAUUUCACAUUUGCAUGGAAUUUUUUGUUAAUUGUUAAUGCAUCUUGACGAGGAAUGAUCUUAGGAUAAUGUCGAGGUACAUUUUCAUGGGGAAUUUCAAGUCGACUUGGGUCUCAUCUGAGUAUUCGAAGAAUAUCUCCGAAUCUAAGGGAGAUAACGAAAUUUUCGUCAAGACGUUUUUUGCAGAGCGAAUUGAAGGCUACAAAAAAGGUUCUUACAAAAAUUUUACUGUCUCCCUUAGAUUCCGAGAUAAUCGUGAAAUAGGGGGUAUGAUUGGAACUACCUGGUCUUCAUUCUCUCAUUAAUCAUUCAAAGUGAACUUGAGCGAUAGAAAUCCAUAAAAAUAAUGAUUAAAAGUGAUUGGGGCAUAGCUCUGGUCAUCAAGAACUCUAGAUUUCUAAGGACUCUGUGAUGUAUUUUAAACAAAACUCAAUUUUUCGACGAGAGUAAAAAAGGAGAAAUACUAAACAGACCGUUCGAUUCGUCACAGUUUACCCGCGUCACUCACUAGUGAUGCAUUUGUCGGUGAUGUCCAUGCAUUAAUUAAUCAACUAAUCCCCAGUAAUUGUAGCUGAUCAUUGAAAUUCUAUUUCGAUAUAUAUCAAAUGAAAUUGUAAAAAUUAUCGAUUGACCGUCCAAUUUUGUGAAAAUUACAUGGACUUGAUGGAUCGAGGUUUUACGAGCCUAAAGAGAGUACAAUAUGACGAUUUGUAAAUACGAAGAUUGAAGGAAUAUAUAAGAAUAAAAAAAAUGACCGAGUUAAA